AUGUGAGGCACAGUGCAGAGCAUUUGCACAAAUUCUGAGCUCUAUCCUGUCAAGAGGCGACCUUGGACGGGUCUCCAGAGCCCCUUCAACUUCAAAAAAGAAGAAUCUGGAGAAUGGAAGAGUGGAAAAACUUUUUGUUGAAGAUAAAGUUUAUUUAAAUUCUGUCCUAACUCCUGAUUACUCCAAUUCAGCAUAUUCAGAACAGACAGUUAUUCCUUCAGAGUUUGUGAAGUUUUUUCUCUGAAUCAAAUAUGAUGAUUAAGCGUCUAUCCUACUGCAUAUUUUUAAUAUGUUUAUGGAUUGGAGGGAUGUCAGUUACUGCUGUGUUGUGGAGUGCCUGCGUUACCUUGACGGUCACCUACAUCAUACUGCCCCUGCUCUACAAAACCUGUCCUUCAUUUUCACGGCAUCUUAUAUUCCUAAAUUAUGUGUAUUGUCCUUGGGCAUAUGACUUCAAACAUCCAUCCAAGAAAGGAUUGGAGGGAGUUGACAACUUCUACCUCACAGUCAGGCCUGGUGUUGUACUUGGAGUCUGGCACUUGCUGCCAAUGCCUCUGAAGUCAGCUCCCCCCACGUCAGAAGGCCGGCCUCAUAACCCCCAACAGCCUGGAUGCUGCAGCCACUCUGACUACUACGAGAACGAGCUCAGGGACGGGCGACCAAUCAUUGUUUACCUCCACGGCAACACCUCCUGCAGGGCACAACCAACACGUGUUGGUCUUUAUGAAGUGCUCAGGAAAAUGGGAUUCCACGUCAUCACGUUUGACUACAGAGGAUACGCAGACUCGUCGCGCGUGUCGCCGAGCGAGGCGGGCCUCGUGGAAGACGCGCUCCACGUCUACGCGUACGUGAGGCGCGUCGUGGGAGGGCACGCCCCUGUCAUCAUCUGGGGACACUCGCUCGGCACCGGGGUUUCCUCGCACGCGGUACGGCAGCUGUGCGCGCAGCAGCAGGCCCCCGACGCGCUGGUGCUCGAGUCUCCCUUCAACAACAUCAGGGACGAAGUCCGGGAACAUCCUCUCUCUGCUGUGUUCCGCAAGAUGCCGCUGUUCGAAUGGCUGUUCCUGGAGCCCCUGGAUCAAGCUGGCCUGCGCUUCACAAGCGACGUGCAUUUAGAGCACGUAAACGUGCCCGUGUUGAUCCUGCACGCAGAAGACGACCUCGUGGUUCCCUUCAAGCUGGGGCGUCGUCUCUACGACCACGCCGUCAAGCACCGACCUGACCAUUUCCCCACCGUCAGGUUCAUGCCUUUUGCUGCCCGGCACGGCCUAGGCCACAAGUUCAUCUACCAGUCGCCUAAACUUCCCGAUAUUUUCAGACAAUUCCUGGAAGACGUGAGUAUCUUAUAAGCAUCGCCCUGAAACUUCACGUCUGCAACAUCUUACUUCAACAUCACCCGCGCCUGACGCCUGCGUUAACAUCUUACUUCAACAUCACCCGCGUCUGACGCCUGCAACAUCUUACUUCAACAUCACCCGCGCCUGACGCCUGCGUUAACAUCUUACUUCAACAUCACCCGCGCCUGACGCCUGCGUUAACAUCUUACAUAAAUUUCACGUAAAACUAUUCAAUAGAAAUAAAGUCUGCUGCUUUCUCAAAAUUCCCAUUUGAACCUCAUUACUAAGGCAAAGACACAAAAUUUUUGUUCCGCGAAAGGUUCAUAUUUCUUAUCAAGCCUUUGCGGUGGCGGCAAAACAAUAUCAGUAUUUUUUUCAUAUUCAAUAUUAUUUUUUGCAAUGUAAUAAGAUUCUAAUGAGAAGUUGCUUAAGUUGUGUUACUUGAGUUUUAUUUUCGGUUCAAGAGUUCAAAGCCAAAGUCUAUCAUUCCACCUAAACUCGAGAACUACAUCGAAACAUAGUUUGAGUUGUUGUAGUGAAGUUUAAGUAGUUGCAGUGAACAGUUCUUUCAUUUAUUCGACAAUAGUAUGAAACAAUUUUUCUUUAUUCAUUCGACAAUAUCGUUUAUUGGAGUGAUUAUAUUAGACAUAUAUGUGGUAAGUGCCGUGUAUAGAUAUUCAUACAAUUGAUGAGUGCCUUCACCGCACAACAUUUUUGUAACUCGCGUGUGUCGCUUGGGUUGAAUUUUUGUGAUAAACAAUAGCAAAAAAUAACGUAAUGUCAGCUGCAGUCAAUUUAUUGAGUUGUCCCAGCAUUUUGAGAAACUCAACGUGCGUUUCAUGUUUUGUGAGACACAACCUCUCAACGUGAAUGUGAAUGUGGAGGCAGUGCAAUGCGAUGAAAAAAUGAACCUCUUAGCAGGGCUGAUAUGUGACCAUGUCACACCGCACAAUUAGAAUUCCUUAAACCAUUCCAAUUUUUUACUUGAUGCUACUCUACUUUGGUGUCUAAUUCACGAUUCAUUAAGCUAAUGACCAGUAUAACUUAAACUUUCAAUUUAAUUUUAAUGAUCGCUGCAUCGUAGAACACAUUCAUCUAAAUAAUCCGUACGUUAAACCUAAUGAUUUCUAUAUCAAUUAAAAGGUUUUCGUGAAUUUGUACAUAAAUCUUUUCAGCGAAGCGUCUGAUGUUUUUUAUGCUUUCUUAACUUCGAUUAAGUGUUUCCCUAAGUCAUGUCUCAAUUUUAUUGCAUUUAAUUAUAUUUAAAUAUUUAUUAUUUUUAGGCUAGAAGCGUUCUUGCAUGAAUGACUAAGCAAAUUUAUGUACGUAGAGCAGCAUGACCCGAUGUCCAAAGAUUUUCCAAUUUAUUUCAAAGUACAGUUUGUUAAGAAGU